UGAUACCCGCCGUAAGACGCGAUCUGCCGCGUGAAGGCGGGAAAGUUUGCAUGAACUUCUUCCGGGAAGUAAGAAAGAUAAGAACUACGUGCAUGACAAAGAAUAAGAUGACAGAAUAAGCUUGGUGGUAGCACAGUGCUGGGCACGUAGUAAGAGCUUAAUAUGUGUUGAUCCCCAAGAAGAGAGAAUGGGGGGAGGUCAACAGUCGGGGGACGUUGCAAAUAAGGGCGGAGGGUUCGUUUGUUUUUGAUGUAUUUGGUAAUCAAUUUUGCUGAACUUUUCCCCUCUUUUUUUCAACUUUUUUUUCCUUUUUAAAUGUUUAUUUUAAGAGAUGGCUCUUUUGGAGUUGGUAGGUGGAGAGAGAAAUCUGGGUAAUAUAAAAUGGACAAAAGAAUCAAUAUGGCCUACUCUAAAACUAAACAAAAAGGAACUUCCUCCCAUAGACCCUCUGUAGACAUAGAACAUCAUUCAAUUGUCAGCCACCUCCCCUGGGCUCUGGGCCCUCAGCCCCUCCUCCCUAGCCCUCCCCACACCCUUUAAUCUGGGGUAAUGGUUGCUAGAUGAUAGGCCCCCCCUAUUAAUCCUAGGCCUUGCCUCUCCCUGGGAAGAUAAUCCCUUAAAGAGCCAACAUAAUCAUCUCAUCAAAAGCUUCAGUUGGGAUGGAUAGUGCUUCCAGCAUUUUCUCCAGCCCCGCUACUUUAGAGAACUGAGGCUCUGAAACAGGCUGGGAGAGCAGGCUGUGCUCAGACACAGGUGUGGGUCUUGUGAUGACUCGAGAGCGUUGGAGGCCCUUAUUUUCCUUCUCAGGAAAUCUCUAAUGUUUAAGAUGUAAAGUAGCAAAUGCUAGAAUAGUGGUGUCUCCAUAUGCACUAGGCCCUUAGACCUGGGGAACUUGGGGAUUGUCACUGUUGUCCCAGCAUUUCAUAGAUACUUGUUGAUUGAUUCUUAGAGUAAUAUUCCACAUGUGGGGUAGAGAUCCAUUUACCAACGUGCCCAAUCUAACCUUAUUUCACAGCUAAAGAAACUGACCUUCAGGGAAGGGUAGAUAGGGACUUGCUGGGGGGGGGGGGGUCACAGGACAAGUCAGGAGGGUCUUUGUAGUUGAAUGACUGGUUUUUAAUUAGAAAAAGUCGUUAAGCUAAGAGAAAGCUCAGAGAUCCUCUAGCUCACUGUCUCUCAUUUGUUAAAGCAAGAAACUGAGGGCCCAAGGAGGGACUCAUCUGAAGGCAAGGUCCAAGAUAUGUGUGAGAGACCGUUUCUCCAUUGGAACUUGGCCAUGACUGAGGAAAUAGAAAGAAAGGAAAGGGCUUUGAGAUUCAGUCCCCAAAGACUUGGGGAGGGACUUGGAGGGAGGGGCAGAGUGCUUCUACUCUAGUUCCCAAUCUCCCUGCCUGCAAAAUGAGCAGUGUGUUUGUUACUUGUGUCUCAGGGGGAUUUGCUGGGUUUAACCAUAAACCCAUUGCCUUAUAUUCCUCAACAUCUGGCACCCAGGCCUGGGGCCAGGGAAGAACCCUCCCCACCCCCAUCCCAUCCAGCUGGCCAGAGGAUGCCUGGCCCCCCUACUAGGCAGCUCAGUAUCUUGUGGAGGAGCUCAGAGGACAGGGACCCAAGGAGAUCCAGGCUUCCAGGCAGAGCUGUCCAGGAAGAGGAGGACAAGGAGGAAGAGCCGGAGCCUUGAAAGCCUUAACUGGUUAGAUUUGUAAGCAGUGGGAGGGAGAAAAUGAACCCAACAGGGCUUAGAGAGGCCAGACGCCAAAGCAUCAGCCCAAGAGGGCUUCCCAUAGGAGGCAGCAGGAAUCUGCAAGCAGGACCUUGCUGCUCUUGCAUCUUUUUCUGGCUGCAGCCGCUGCUGCUGUUGCUACUGCUGGGACUCUUGGCCUGCAUCAGGGCGCAGCGGGCUGUUGGAGAGGCAGUGAGGCUCCCAGGGGAUGUGACACUGGGUGGCCUUUUCCCGGUGCAUGCUCGGGGAGCAGCAGGAGCUGCCUGUGGGCCAGUAAAGAAGGAGCAGGGAGUGCACCGUCUGGAGGCCAUGCUGUAUGCCCUGGACCGGAUCAACGCUGACCCAGGGCUGCUCCCCGGAGUGCGGCUGGGAGCUCGUCUGCUGGACACGUGCUCCCGGGACACGCACGCGCUGGAGCAGGCACUCACCUUCGUGCAGGCGCUGCUGCGGCCAGCCUCUGGAGCCCGUUGCCCUGGGGGUGGACAGCCCAUUGGGACCCUGCCCGAGCAGCGUGUGGCAGCUGUAGUGGGUGCUUCAGCCAGUUCCGUUUCCAUCAUGGUGGCCAAUGUGCUGCGACUCUUUGCUAUCCCUCAGAUCAGCUACGCAUCCACGGCCCCAGAGCUCAGCGACAAUGCCCGCUAUGACUUCUUCUCCCGGGUGGUCCCGCCAGAUUCCUAUCAAGCUCAAGCCAUGGUGGAUGUUGUGAGGGCUCUGGGCUGGAACUAUGUGUCUACUCUGGCUUCUGAGGGCAACUAUGGGGAGAGCGGGGUCGAGGCCUUUGUGCAGAUCUCCCGAGAAGCUGGAGGUGUCUGCAUUGCUCAGUCUAUCAAAAUCCCCCGAGAACCAAAACCUGGAGAAUUUGACAAGGUCAUUAAAAGACUCAUGGAGACGCCAAAUGCCCGGGGCAUCAUCAUCUUUGCAAGCGAGGAUGACAUCAAGCGGGUCCUGGAAGCUGCCCAACAGGCCAACCUGACAGGCCACUUCCUGUGGGUUGGCUCAGACAGCUGGGGGGCCAAGACCUCACCCAUUCUGAACGUUGAGGACGUGGCAGUGGGCGCCAUCACUAUUCUUCCCAAGAGGGCAUCCAUUGAUGGGUUUGACCAGUACUUUACCACCCGCUCCUUGGAGAACAACCGGCGUAACAUCUGGUUUGCUGAGUUCUGGGAGGACAAUUUUAACUGCAAGCUGACGGCAGGCUUUGGUGCUCAGUCUGAUGAUGCUGCUACCCGAAAGUGCACAGGUGAAGAGCGGAUUGGGCGAGACUCGGCCUACAAGCAGGAGGGCAAGGUGCAGUUUGUGAUCGAUGCUGUCUAUGCCAUCGCCCAUGCCCUCCACAGCAUGCAUCAGGCUCUGUGUCCAGGCUACACUGGCCUUUGUCCUGCUAUGAGCCCCACAGAUGGGCGAACUCUCCUUCAGUAUAUCCGAGCAGUUCACUUCAAUGGAAGCGCAGGGACCCCUGUGAUGUUCAAUGAGAAUGGGGAUGCUCCUGGGCGCUAUGACAUCUUCCAGUACCAAGUGACAAAUGGCAGUGGAGGCUACCGUGCUGUGGGCCAGUGGACCGAAUCCUUGAAACUCAAUGUAGAAGAAUUGGAGUGGUUAGGCAGCCCCUUGCUGCCACCAGCUUCCCUGUGCAGCCUCCCAUGUGGGCCUGGGGAGCGAAAGAAGAUGGUGAAAGGCGUCCCCUGCUGUUGGCACUGUGAACCUUGUGAUGGCUACCGUUACCAGGUGGAUGAGUUUACUUGUGAGGCCUGCCCCCUAGGAGCCAGGCCCACACUGAAUCAUACUGGCUGCCGCCCCACACCUGUCAUCCGCCUUGACUGGGCCUCUCCCUGGGCCAUCCUGCCCCUCCUGCUGGCUGUGGCAGGCAUUGUAGCCACUGCCACUGUGCUGGCCACCUUUAUAAGGCACCACAAUACCCCUAUUGUUCGGGCCUCGGGCCGUGAGCUCAGCUACAUCCUCCUCACAGGCAUCUUCCUUAUCUAUGCCAUCACCUUCCUCAUGGUGGCUGAGCCAGGCCCAACCAUCUGCGCUGCCCGACGUCUCCUUCUUGGGCUAGGCACCGCCCUGAGCUACUCUGCCCUGCUCACCAAGACCAACCGCAUCUACCGCAUCUUUGAGCGUGGCAAGAGGUCUGUCACCCCACCACCCUUCAUCAGCCCCACCUCACAGCUCGUCAUCACCUUCAGCCUCACUUCUGUGCAGGUUUGUUUUCUACAAACCCUCAAGUCCCUGCACUCUUGUGGCAAGACCAAAGUUCAUGGGAAGAGGGUGAGGGCUUUUUCAGCAAGACAAAGAACCCAUUUUGGUAAACUCGUUCUCGAGAAGGGUCUCACUUAAAAAAUGAUUAAGGCCCGAGAAAGUAAAGACUCUUCCUGUAAUUGGGUUCUUUUUGAAGUGGAAAAUGUGACAGAUUCUCUGAACUGGCUUUCAUGUCAAACUGAGUUGUCUUUUCAGGUCAUAGGUGUAGUAGCCUGGUUGGGUUUCCAGCCACCGCACAGUGUCAUCGACUAUGAAGAGCAGCGGACCCCGGACCCAGAACAAGCUCGGGGCGUCCUCAAGUGUGAUAUGUCAGAUCUCUCUCUGAUUGGUUGCCUU